AUGUCUGAUUGGGUUGCAGAACCUCCAGGUUCAACCAAGGAGCUAGCUAGGUGGGACCGGGACGGCUUGUGGAAAAGAACGUUUUUUUUUAAUAAAUUGCAAGCCGGAUAUCACUUUUCACUACGGGGGAAAACACCAAAGGUGCUGACGGGGCUGAGCGAGGGGGUUCUGGGGGAACGGCUGUGGUUUCCAGAGGGCCGGGGGCGGGGCUACCGGGAGGAUGGGGGUUUGGACGAUUUAUGCCAAACCCAGGACUUGGGUGGCGCUGCCCUUGCCCCCUUGUAUUCCUCAUUGUCCGUAGUCUUUAAAAGGACGGUGGCUACACCCCUGGCUUCUCUGCUCGGGGUGAAAGAAACAGUACGGCUCAAAGUCCCUCACAACCCUACACUGGAGUCCUACUACUGUAACAUUACCAAAAGUCCCACACAGACUUCAAUAGCAAGUCUUUGCAAGCAGACUGGCUAUUCAGAAAGACAAGUGCAGCGAUGGUUCAGGAGACGAAGGAACCAGGACAGACCCAGUUUGCUCAAAAAGUUUCAAGAGGCCAGUUGGAGAUUUACAUUUUACCUUCUUGCUUUCAUUGCUGGCCUGGCCGCCCUCAUCGAUAAACCUUGGCUGUAUGACCUGAAAGAGAUGUGGCAAGGCUUCCCUGUGCUGACUCUCCUGCCAUCUCAGUAUUGGUACUACAUGAUUGAGCUAGGUUUCUACAGCGCUCUGCUCUUCAGUGUGGCAUCUGACGUCAAACGCAAAGACUUCAAGGAACAGAUCGUUCACCAUGUAGCGACCAUCCUCCUGAUCAGCUUCUCCUGGUGUGUUAAUUACAUCCGUGCCGGAACUCUCAUCAUGCUGGUUCACGACUCAUCUGAUUACUUCCUUGAGUCUGCAAAGAUGUUCAACUAUGCAGGGUGGCGAAAUGCCUGUAACUACAUCUUCAUUGUAUUUGCUGCAAUCUUCAUUAUCACUCGGCUGGUCAUCUUCCCCUUCUGGAUUAUUUACUGUACGUGGGUUUACCCAGUGACCAUCUAUGAACCCUUCUUUGGCUACUACUUUUUCAACGGACUUUUGAUGACUUUGCAGUGUCUACAUAUCUUCUGGGCUGUCCUCAUCAUACGCAUAGCAAUCCGGUUCCUUACAAACAACGAAAAAGUUGACGAUGAAAGGAGUGACAAAGAUGAAACAGAUGAAUCAGAAGAGGAGGACGAUAAAAAGGACAUGACAAAAAAUGGACCAGUGCAGAACGGUCACACAGUCCACAACAACAACCACAGCAAGACAGAGUAAAAGCAAACAAGCGUCAGGAGAAAAGAUUGUGUGAAGGACUCAUAUCCCUCUGUAGGGGAGCUGGAGGGAGGGAUGAAAAGAGAGAAGGAAAAGGGGAUUGUGGUUUAGGGAAGCGGCAAGUCAUCCCAUUUAAACCAAGAAGAGCAGGUAUCCUGAGGAAAUUUGACAGUUACUUUUGCACACCACAAACACUCAUACAUGUUCAUUGGACACAGAUCUAGCAGAUAAUAAACUGUACACUACAUUAGGUGGCAUGGCUUUUUUGCUUUGUCAUUAGAGAAAAAUGUAUCAUUGGCAAUUUGUCAGUCCCAGAAUUUCAAUAAGACAGGGAAGAAAAUGAAUGGAGUAUGGGGGUGAUGCUGCUUCUACUUUAGCUUUCCUUGUUCUUUGUGCCUUAGAGCCAGCUAAAGGCUGGUAAAAUGCCAUUUUUAAAAAGCUUUCUGUUUUAAUCUUGUGUUGCUUUAUUUGGUUGCACCUUUUUGUUUUCUCAUAAAAGAACAAAAGAGAGUGAAAGUGAGACAAUAGGGCAUUUCAUGCCCUAAUGUUUUCCUUGUCUAUGCAAGUAUGUAAGUGUUCAGAUAUUGCAAUGUCUUUGCACAAACAUACAGUGUCUCUUAUAUACUGUAAUAACUUGCAGUAGGACUAUGGCCUCUGCUCUCCAACGCAGCCCAUGCUAUUUAUACACUUGCCUUAUUUAAAGUUUAAAGAGUAAAUCUUGCUUUUCUUGUUUUAAUUUUGGUUCAAUUCUUAAUUCAGUAUUGUACAAUUCAUUGUUCCAAAAGAGAUGUCUGACCUGCCAAGGUCAACAUAAUCAGUUCUUUGCUGUUUGAGCAGGCAGAAAUACCCAAGUGCUUAGCACAAACACUGCAAUAUAAAUCACUGCUUCCUGCUAGUUUUGACAAAGCUGAAUGUUUUUCCUUUCUGGUUUGGCUAAAGCUGUUUGAUACAGUUGAGUCUUGAAUCACGCUGAUGUUGCCACCCGCUGAAAACCAGUGACUCAACAAAAUCAUUGCGAAGUUGGGUUGCUUUGUUGAAAUACAGUAGUUUUACUAUUUCUAAUGGAAUGGGACAGAUUUACCAAUUCCGGAUUUUGCAAACAUGGGCCAGAUUUCUUCAAUUCACUGCCUUGUAGCCUGGGUUAUGUUUGUUAACCUGGGUUAGAAUUUUAUGUGUUGAUCGACGUGAAUGAUUUUAGGUAUGAUUGCGUGUAUGAAACAGGUUUUGAUGUUAA